AUCACUUUCCGCACGAGUCUCCGAGCUUCCAGCUUUGGCCUGAAGCAGGAUCAGUCUGUCAGUAACAUUAAAAAUGAACCGGCUUUUCGGUAGAAGCAGGAACCAGGCGCCUCCCAACCUUUCGGACUGUAUCGGAAAUAUCGAUGCUCGAGCCGAGGUGAUGGAGAAGAAGAUAGCGAGGAUCGACACAGAGCUCAUCAAGUACAAGGACCAGAUGAAAAAGAUGAGAGAUGGUCCAGCCAAGAAUGCAGUGAAACAGAAGGCAAUGAGGGUUCUCAAGCAGAAGAGGCUAUAUGAAAGCCAAAGAGAUCAGCUUGCCCAACAGUCCUUUAACAUGGAACAGGCCAACUACACCAUUCAGUCAUUAAAGGACACCAAAACAACCGUUGAAGCUAUGAAGACUGGAGCUAAAGAAAUGAAAAAAGCCUAUAAGCAAGUGAAGAUGGAUCAGAUUGAAGACUUACAGGACCAGCUUGAGGACAUGAUGGAGGAAGCCGGUGAGGUGCAGGAAGCUUUGAGUCGCAGCUAUGGUACACCAGACAUUGAUGAAGAUGAACUAGAAGCAGAACUGGAUGCCCUGGGAGAUGAAUUACUGCUGGACGAUGACAGCUCCUAUCUGGACGAAGCCUCGUCUGCACCCUCCAUCCCAGAGGGCAUACCAAGUGACAGCAAAACAAAUAAGGAUGGUGUUCUAGUGGAUGAGUUUGGAUUGCCACAGAUUCCAGCCACAUAGACCGGGAUGAACAAUGCAGAUCUGUUUACUGAAGAUCGUUUUAAUAAUUUUAUUAUCAAGGGUGUUUUGCCAUGGCAUGCUUUUCUAAAGAGCAUUUGCUAAUUAAGCAUGUGACCUUGUAUUUCUCUGUUUCGAUUAAUAUGUUGGUCAACAGUAUAUAUUUUUUUGCUGACACAUCUAGUAAAUAAUCUUCAUCAUCUCAUCAUCAUCGUCUUCAUCAUCAACAUCAUCAUCAGCAUCCUUUA